AUGCUGAGCGGGCAGGAGAGCGGGCAGGAGGGUCGCGAGACGGGCAGGAGGGUCGCAAGGAUUUGGUUGUGCAAAGGCGGGCGCUCGUGCAAGGUGACGGUGCCUGCGGACGGGCGCCUGUUCGAAAGUGCACGGUCGUGCAACGGGGAGCGGUUUUGCAACGGUGCGUGCUCGUGCAAGGCGCGCGUUCACGCAAAGGUGUGUGUGUGUUCCCGCAAGGGCGCGUGCUUGUGCAAAGUGUCCGGCUACGGGGCCGGCUAUGGGGCCGGCUAUGGGGCUGGGUUGGGGGGCAGCAUGUUGUUUACGGGUUCUGGCAUGGCGGCCAACGAGAAGGAGACGAUGCAGGACCUCAACGACCGCUUGGCCACCUACUUGGAGAAGGUCCGGAGCUUGGAGCAGGAGAACCGGCGGUUGGAGGUCCAGAUCCGGGAUUUCAUGGCCAAGAAAGGUCCCAGCGCCCGGGACUGGGGCCACUACUGGGAGGUCAUCGAGGAGCUGCGGGACAAGGUGGGGGCGCCCAAGUCGCAGGACUUGGGCAAGAUCAUGGCGGAGAUCCGGGCGCAGUACGACACCCUGGCCCCGACGAACCUGGAGGACCUGGAGAAGCAAUGGGGGCAGCAGAUCACCGAGAGCACCAUCGAGAUCACGCAGAGCAGCAAGGACGUCGACGCAGCCCGCAGCACCGUGGUGGACCUCCGUCGCUCCGUCCAGACCCUGGAGAUCGACCUGGAGUCCCUCCGCAACCAGUGCCCGGCCAGCAGCCUGGUUAGAGAAGAUCUGCGUGAAGCCCGGCAGUCCUAA